CCCGUCUCUUCCCCCCUGCUCCUCUUUCUGCGCAACCUCCAUUCAACACGGCUUCAAUUCGCAGCAACUCUCUCCUCGUCCUCUCCGCAUCUCUACGCUCUCUCUGUCUCUCCCCACUCCAUAUAGCAGCCAGUCAUCACUCUCGGUCCCGUGCCCAUCUUCUCCUCUCGUCUCUCUCGCUUUCUGGGUGAUCCAUCCACGGACGGCGACCCAAGAAGACUAGAGAGUUCGCGGUGAGAUCAUGCCGGCUGGGGUUGGACGGCCACGGCGAGGCUCCAGCAAGGAGCAGAAGGCGGCAGCCAACAGAGAUGGCAUGGAAGAGGAGAUGGCAGGUCUGAGCCUGAGCGACUUCGAGUUCUUCAAGAUCUUGCUCCCUGGCAUGUACGAGGAGGCACUGAGGCUGCCCAAUAAGUUCGUUCAGGAGCUCGGAGCUCGCCGGGACUUGAAGCUGCGGCUCGCCGGCGCAGGGAUGCCUCUGUGGGACGUGGAGGUCUUCGCCGACGAGAAGCGCGGCGACGUGUACCUCGCCCAAGGCUGGAAGAAGUUCGCCCGCGCCCACGACCUGCGCGACGGCUACGUGCUCGUCUUCCGCUACGACGGCGGCGCCGCCACGCUCGCCAUCACGGUCUUCGACCGGAGCACGUGCCGCAAGCAGUACGUGCACGCCGGCGCCGCUGGCGGCGGGAAGGCCGGCCGACGGUCGCUGGCCAUCGCCGAGCCGUCGCAGUUCACCGUGAGUCUGAGGCAGUGCAACCUGGGAACGAAGCAGAACCAGUACCUGAACGUGCCGGUGGAGUUCCAGGACGCGCACGGGUACGCGCGGCGGCGGCGGGUGGAGCUGCGGAUGGGCGGGCGGUCGUGGUCGGUGAACCUGAAGCGCGGGAGGCGGGCGCUCGGGGACCGCACGGCGCUCAAGUACGGGUGGCACCAGUUCUGCGUGGACAACGGCCUCGAGGUCGGCGACACCUGCUUCUUCAAGGUGAUCCGCGAGGGCCCCUGCGUCGACGACGACGACGACGAGUGGGAGGACGAGUGGGAGGACGACGAGCACGUGCUCCAGGUGGAGGUGCGCAAGAAGGACGGCACCAUGCUCACCUGAUCUGAUCUCGUCGCGUCACGACGGCCGAUGCUGCUGAUGAUGAGCAAUUUAAUAACCUAGUAAUCUACGUGCUUUAAUUUGGCCGGCUUCCAUGUUAUGUGGAAUGACUUGUUGGCGACAACUAGGAUUUCUAUUCUGACUGCUGAUGAAUUAGAUUGUUCGUUCUGAAGCUGUCAGUAAAGACGAUCUCUGCUCUGAAGUUA